AUGUACUCCAAGCUCGCCCUUACCGCCCUUCUUCUGGCCACUGCCGAAGCUCGUUUCGGACAAGAGCAGUCUGUUGCCCAGAUUAUAUCCUCUCUGAGCAACUUUGGUAGCCCCGGUGUUGCUCCCACCCUUGCCGGUUCCACUCCCGGUGUCCUUCUCGCCGGUGCCAACGCUUGUGACAAGCUCACCCUCGCCGACAGAAUUGUUUCCGAGCUCGGUAAUGACAAGGCCGUCAUUGAUGCUGCCAAGAAGCUUGUCGCCGCUGAGAAGAACUUCAACCCCUUUGCUGUCUCUAUCCCUUCCAUCUGCUCCGACCCCGCUCUCCCGGCCACCAAGGAGCUCAGGGGUAUUGUUCCCCUUGUUGACCCUGAUGUGGCUGGCGCUGAUGUUGCGAAUGCCGCUUCGGCCAAGUCUCUCACCACUCCGUUCAACGCCGAUGGAUUAAGUGUUGCGGAUAUUAUGGCUGCCAAUGGCUUCACCAACUUCACUGCCCAGAGCGCCAGCGGCUCUACCACCGCGCCUUCUGCUGACAACAACAACAACAACAACAACAACAACAACAACAACAACAACAACAACAACAACAACAACAACAACAACAACAACAACAACAACAACAACAACAACACCAUAUCAACAUGUCAACUUGUCCAUAUAUGUAUACAGAACAAGAUCAGCCAGUGGUAA